CUUUACUCUCUCUCUCUCCCCUCUACUUUUAUUUUCCGGUUCGUGAAGUAUUUUUCAACUUUGCUCCAAGUGUUUGGCUACAUGGAAACGCUGAGAAAAUGAAACAUGAGCUGGAAUCAGCAGUGCCAAAGCUUUUUCUUUUUUGUUCUUAUGUUAGUUAUGCUGCUGCUUGGGGACUAAAAAGAGUCUUUGUGCUUCUUUUGAAUGUGCUUGUUGCUUAUAUGUAACGAACUUUUUGGGGUCUUUGGAGCAGAGUAAAGCGAUGGUUCAUGGGUUUUUAUCUUCGAUUUUUUUCUCCCCAGGAAGCGAAAAAUCGCAGAUGAACUGUAAGGAGAGGAUAGUUAAAAGUAACUAGUCAUGGAUAAAUCUGAGCAGACUCAGCAGCAGCAGCAGCAACAACAACAACAACAACAGCAUGUGAUAGGUGUUGCAGCAAGUGCUAGCCAAAUGGCUUAUUCUUCUCACUACCCGACUGCUCCUAUGAUGGCAUCUGGUACACCUGCUGUAGUUGUGCCUUCACCAACGCAGUCUCCAACCGCUUUUUCCAAUUCCCCUCACCAACUUGCAUACCAGCAAGCGCAACACUUCCAUCACCAGCAACAGCAGCAACAGCAGCAGCAGCUUCAACUAUUCUGGGCAAACCAAAUGCAAGAAAUUGAGCAAACAAUUGACUUUAAGAACCACAGCCUCCCCCUUGCUCGCAUUAAAAAGAUCAUGAAAGCCGAUGAAGAUGUCCGGAUGAUUUCAGCAGAAGCCCCAGUAAUAUUUGCAAAAGCAUGUGAAAUGUUCAUUCUGGAGUUGACUUUGCGAUCUUGGAUCCACACCGAAGAGAACAAGAGGAGAACUCUGCAAAAGAAUGAUAUAGCAGCUGCUAUUUCGAGAAAUGAUGUUUUUGAUUUCUUGGUUGAUAUCAUUCCAAGAGAUGAGUUGAAAGAGGAGGGACUCGGAAUAGCAAAGGCUACUAUUCCAAUAGUGGGUUCUCCGGCUGAUAUGCCAUAUUAUUAUGUCUCUCCGCAGCACCCUGUAGGGCCUCCAGGGAUGAUAAUGGGAAAGCCAGUUGAUCAAGCAGCACUGUAUUCUACACAGCAGCCUCGAGCUCCAAUGGCGUUCAUGCCAUGGCCGCAGGCGCCCUCGCAACAGCAGCCACCCCAACAGGAACAAACAGACUCUUGAACAUCGAUAUGACUAUGGGCAAUUCAAUUAGGUUGGAAAGUAGGAUGCAUGUUUUGUUAUUAGCAAAUUAACUGAAUGCCCCUUGGUAAGCCGUAGUUUAGUUUUCAAUGCAUUGAAAAAUUGCCAAAGAUUGAUUGUUGGUUCUUGCACUUAUCUGUGGUUGUAUGAGCUCAUACUUUGAGUUAUCUCUAUUGCUGUGUUUACUUUCAUGUAUUGUUUUCUGGUAGUUAUAUUAGUUUGCAGUUUCGCAUAAAGCUUAGCUACUUAUGAAGCUUGAAAUUGUUAAACAGGUUCUUAUUCUUAUGUUGCGAAUGGCAAGGUUGAAUUCGGUACUCUAUUAAUAAUUUUUUGGUUCA